AUGCAGAACACAAUACAAUUUUACACCUCCCCGGCGUAUCCACAAUCACUCCCUUGCUAUUUCCAAGCCCCGACUUUAGCGAUGCCAAAUAGACUUGAGACGCCUUUUGUCAAUCACUCAUUCUCUCAAUCUCAGUUCAUGUUUGCGGAACAACAACUCCCUCAACAAGUCGUCGCAACACCAUCAGUACCUAUGGAAGAAGAAGACCCAUUUGAAAACGACGCCGUCUUCGAUUUGGACGAAGACUUGGAAGAAGACUAUGACGACACAAACUCGUACGAUGAAAGUGAACGGCUAGCUGACCAACUCUUACAAACAGUUGAUAACAUCAGACAACAGAAAGACCAAACAAACCAAAUGCUCAGACAAAUUGUGCAGAUGAAUUCCACACACUAA